AAGGUGUUUUCACAAGCCGAGGUGAGAGAGGGAGAGAGAACUUGUUUGAAAUCCCUUCAUUCUUCAUCAACACCUUCCCGUUCGUUAGCUCUGAUUAAUCUGGAAUUAGCAGAAACCUCUCAAUCUCAUUCACCAUGUCUUUUCGUUACGCUAUUUCUGCUCGCAAUGCUUCUGUACGGUUAAGUCAAGGAAGCCGGCGACAUCUAAGUGCAACUGCCUCGGCCAGACAACAGAUACAAGAUGCAUACAUCUUGAGUGCUUCUAGAACACCCACAGCAAAGGUAUUUUCUACUCAAAAGUUUCUCUCUCUUCCAUUUGGACUAAUAAAUCCAGUUCAAUGGCUCUUUUCUCACAGUUUCUGCCCCUCAACUGGGAGCCGUAGCUAUCAAAUCCGCUCUCGAGAAAUCCGGAGUUCCAGCUUCCAAAAUCACAGAUGUCUACAUGGGCAAUGUCCUCCAAGCUUCCGUCGGACAAGCUCCAGCACGACAAGCUUCCAUGUUCGCUGGCCUCCCAAGUACCAUCGAAGCAAUAACAAUCAACAAAGUAUGUGCAUCAGGCAUGAAAGCCGUAGUCUUUGCCGCACAAAACAUCCAGCUUGGUCUUUCGGAAGCCCAGAUUGCUGGGGGAAUGGAGAGUAUGUCACAAACACCAUAUUAUGCCCCACGCAACAGUGGAAUGGCUGCUUUGGGGAAUGUUACGAUCGAGGAUGGUCUGAUUAAGGAUGGUUUGACGGAUGUUUAUAAUAAAUUCCAUAUGGGAGUUUGCGCAGAGACGACGGCAAAGAAUCAUGGUAUUACAAGGGAAAUGCAGGAUGAAUAUACCAAACUCUCGUAUUCGAGGGCACAAGCGGCCUGGAAAGCCGGGGCAUUCAAAGAAGAAAUCGCUCCAGUUUCCGUAAAGGGAAGAAAGGGAGACACCAUCAUAUCCGAAGACGAAGGAUACAUGGAUAUCAAACCAGAAAGACUUGCCACUUUGAAGCCAGCUUUCGUUCGUGAUGGUACUGGGACAGUCACAGCUGCCAACUCUUCGACACUUAACGAUGGUGCAAGCGCCCUUGUUUUGGGCAACAAAGCAAUUGCUCAAGAAUAUGGAAGUGGAUCUAGAGUUCUUGCUCGAAUCUGCGGGAGUGCAGAUGCAGCGAUUGAUCCUGUAGACUUCCCAAUUGCUCCAGCAAAGGCAGUACCAAUCGCAUUGGAAAGAGCCGGUAUCAAGGCUGAAGAUGUCGCAAUCUGGGAAUUCAACGAGGCAUUUGCUGCUGUCAUUAAAGCGAAUGAAAAGGUAUGUUAGAACCCAUUCUCUGUCCCAACACCCACAUUAUUCUCCUGUUCUUCCACACUCCACCCCUCCCUUCCCCUUCCCCGCUAAAUGUAUCCCAAAACCAGCAUACUAACACAAACCUCAGAUCCUCGGUCUAGAAAACGCCAAAGUUAACCCCCUUGGCGGCGCCAUCUCCCUCGGUCACGCGCUAGGAAGUUCCGGGUCCCGAAUCCUGACCACUCUCCUCCAUCAACUGAAGGUCGGGGAGUAUGGAUGUGCAGCCAUCUGUAACGGUGGUGGAGCCGCGACGGCGAUUGUGGUGCAGAGGAUUGAUGGUGUGUGAAGUGUAGGUAUGAAGUGUAUGAUUAUUUUAGGACUGAGGAAUGAAAUAAGAAUAAACUUUUGAAAAAAGG